AUGGCGGCGUCACUUCGUCCCGUUUUCGCACUUGUGUUCCUCAUCGCGCCUGUCGCAGCCCGAUCUAGCCUCUUCGCAAUGCAUCGCGCAGCUCUGCGGAUGUCUUUGUCUCAACUCAUUCCUUUCCUCUCUUUCUUGACACCGCGUGCGUCCCUCCCGCCGCAGAUCACGGGGUGGGAGCUGGUGCCGCCGUACAACGCGCUGGCGCUGAUGAAGGCCGUCAGCAUGCAGCCCGUCGUCGCCUUCCUCAGCGGCUCCGCGCAGGACUUCCAGCAGUACAACUCGCGCGGGCAGCUGAAAAUUUACGACGGGCUGUGCACGACGGACAUCAACCACGCGAUGCUCGUGGUGGGGUACAACUACACGGGACCAAGUCUCGCGGGCAGCUACUGGAUCCUGAAGAACACGUGGUUCAACACGUGGGGCGACGGCGGCUACAUGUACCUCGCCAUGUCGUCCGACGUGCGCGGGAAAUGCGGCAUCCACGCCAUCCCCGCCAUGUACCCGGUGUAUUACCCGAGCGGGCCGCAGCCAGUGAAGAUGAACAACGGUCCGAUUUGGCGCGCGGACGACGGCUAUGACGGCCGCUGGUGGACGCGCGCCUACAACAUCGCUCUGGACGCGUGCGCGGGGAUCAACCCGUGCGGCGCGGGCCGCUGCUACACGCGCGCGGGCAUCGCGCGGUGCGACUGCAGCGCGCUGGCGGGGAUGGUGGAGGUGACGGGCGUGCCGACGAGCAAGUGCGCGCCGCGCAACCCCUGCACCAGCCGCGGCCAGUACAACCCCUGCGGCAGCGGCACGUGCGCCAGCCCUGGCGACGGCACCUACUCGUGCCAGUGCCCCGCCGGCUACGCCAUAGGAGCGGCAUCAGACGGAACUCAGACGUGCGUGGGAGUGGCGGGCGGCACAGCCUCGUUCCUGGCGUACCCCACAGUGCCCGGUGACUCGUGCUCCUCCGUUGCUGCUGCUUUUGGCCUCACCACCGCCACGCUCACCGCUCUCAACCCCUUCCUAAACUGCUCCCUCACCUACCUUCCCCCCUCGCUCAUCCUCACCGUCGCCAACGCCUCCUCCACCUCCAUAUCCCCCUCUGCACCGCUCUGCACCGCAACGUACUCCGUGCAACCGAACGACACCUGCACGUCCCUCGCGAACACCUUCUUCUCUGGGAGCUUAUCAGCGCUGCGUGCUGCCAAUCCGCUCACAUGCACCACGACGCGCUCCUUCCUCUACCCCGCACAGAUCAUCUGCACGGCCACCAGCUCGCUCUCCUCGCUGGCAGCCGUGGCCGUGCCGCAGUGCGGGCAGACGUACAUCACAGUGGCGGGCGACACGUGCCCGUCAGUGGCGUCCAAGUUCGCGGUCAGCCUGGGCACGUUCAUGGGGCUCAACAGCGCGCUCUCGUGCACCACUGCCAUCCCCGUGGGGUCGUAUGUCUGCGUCGCGCCCAAGAGCUCACAGACCAUGGUGAACUGCACGGCGUGGUACACGGUGCUGCAGGGCGACAACUGCCCCAACAUCUGGAACGCCGCCAACCUCACCGAGUCCACCUUCCUCACCAUCAACCCCGGCAUCCGGUGCCAAGCCCCUUACCUCCAAGUGGGCCAGAAGGUCUGCAUCAACUCCCCACUCCUCGCGUCGCUCCUCACCGCGUCCACCGCAUCCAACACCUCCUUCUCGCUCUACACCGUGCAGUCGGGCGACUCCCUCGCCCUCAUCUCCUCCAAGUUCAUCACGCGCUGCACCUCCUCCUCCGUCUCCCCUGCCGCAAUCGCCGCUGCCAACAACAUCCUGGAAACUUCCCCCCUGGUAACCAACACCACGCUCAUCAUCCCGUGUGACGCGCGCGUGGGGAUCCUCGACUGCGGGUGUGCGCAGUCUCUCCCGGUCUGCGGCGCAGACUAUGUCACGUACCCGUCCUACUGCGACGCGCUCUGCAACUACGCGCUGCCAGUCAUUUCAGACGGCGUGUGCGCCGGCUGCAACGCUGCCUGCACCGGCCGAGCCGGCCUCGCCCCCGCCUCGGGGUACGGGUGUGCAUGGAGCACAUGCCCCUACCCCACCUGGAAGCCGCUGGACAGCGACUGCACCGUCCUGCAGGGGGAUACUCCGGGCAAGUGCUGCGCAGUGGAGCAGACGGUGUCUAUCAUGGCGAUUUCGCGCUCGCACACGUUUUCUCUCAUCGCGGCGCUGCUGCUGCUCGCAGCUUGCCAAGCGUUCGCAGCACCAACGGUGGCGCAAUUCCGGGCGGAACUCAAAGCGCUCAAGGCGGUGUUGGCUAAGACGAAGGAAUACUCAGCGUUCGGGAGAGGCGUCGAUAAUAUGCUGAAGUACCCCAACUCGCAGCUGCCUCAACUCUUCAACACGACGCUGCUGGUGCCAACGAACAAGGCGGUGUACGGCGUGGGAAUCAAGACCCUACAGAACACAACGGCCAUGGAGGCCAUCGGCAAAUUCAACGUGCUGCAGCGCCAGUUCACCGCCGCGCAGCUGCUCAAGCUCGCACCUAGGACGCUACUGCGAACCAAGGCGCCACCCACUGAUCUGCUGCAGCGGUAUCCCUCGGUGGGUGCUAACGCUAAGAAGGCCGUGCUGGGCCCGCGCAACGCGACUGCUGCCGUGCAGGGGGUUGUGCUGUUUCCUGAUCUCUACACGGGCAAGUUCCUCAAGGCGCAUGGUCUCUCGGUGUUCUUCCGCCCCAAGGGCUACUGA